CUGCCUCAGGGUUCCAAGUGCUGGAAUUCAGGCGUGUCCCACCACGCCCAGCCUGUUUCCUUCUUACAAAGACCAUGGUUUAUCCGGGCUCAAGCAUAUAACCCACCACUGUCUUCUGCUUUCGAGAUCCUUUCCCCUGUGUGUGAGGUCUGAUUGAGGGUAAGGACUCCAUGCAUGGCUUCUGGGGAUGAGGACACAGACAUCUUGGGACCAUCGCUCAGUGGCCAUGCCAGGGAAUGCAGGUCAGCCCAGCCAGGGCCCAUGGACCAAGAUCUGGAUCCACUGCUGCUGCUUGGCUGCUGGGUCCCUUCCUCCUACAUCAUCCUGAGGGGCACAGUGGGCUCCUCACUCUCCACUCAGAAACUGAGGCCUAAAAAGGGCUGGGGAGUGGGGCUGGGGAGUCGCUGGCAGCCAGGAAAGCUGUUCCAGCCCCACUCCCUACCUCCCCUGCGGGCCAGGGCUCAGUCCCCCUGCCCCAUGCACGAGAGGACGCUUCACUCCCUGGGGCUCAAGGAUGGCUAGGACAGUGGGCAAGGGGAGCUGGGGCACUGGGGAUGGACAGACAGCAGGACCUGCUGGCUGAUGCUGUCCCUGGUCAUGAUGAGGUAAGCUGAAGCUCACCGCAAAGCCAGACAGCUGCAGGGCCACUGCUGGUGCCAGGGUGGCAGAGCCAAGACCUAUUCCUGAGCAGUCUGGUGGCAGGGCCCCCUGGGUGCUGCCAGGCCAGUCUGUCCCUCAGGAAGUGGGGGUGGGGCGGCUGCAGUCCUAGAUGCAGAGAAUGAUCUCAUCUUGUCACUUUAAAAUCAAAAUUUUCAGUACCUUCCCAGCGGAUGGGCAGGGACUGAAUAACUCAUACAAGGACAGCGCUCAAGGAGGCCGGAGGGCCGGAGGCCUGGGAGCCCGGCUGUGGACUGGGCGUGGACGAGGGCUUGGAGGGGGCCUGGCACUCCCUUCCCAAGAAGGCAGGGCGUGGCUGCAGUGGAGCUGUCAGCUCAGGCAGGAGUGUGGGCCGGUGGGGAGUGAGCCUUAGGCGGGGCAUCCCUUGGCAGAGGGGCAGGGCUAGCCCAUCAGGGCCCUUCCCCUGGGGCUGGUGGCACAGGAGGGGGAGUCUUGGUGGCCCAGACUGGCCCUGUUCUGCCUUGGGCUGGCUGGUGAGAAGGCCCCGAAUUGUGUGGGACCGAGAAGGACAGGGUGGCCCCCGAUCCUGCUCUGCGGGCUGUGGCAAGUUAGGGCGACUGGGGACCGGCUCGUCAGAGCGCCGGGCUUGGACCCUGGUCCUCGGGGAGCCCCGUCCCGUGGGGAGACCUCCCGCAGCAGCACAGAACCACGCAGGGCAGGCCCGGGCGGGGUGGGGGCGGCGAUGGCUCUGCUCCGGGGCCGCUGUGCUCUCGGGUCAGGCAGAGGGCCAGGCGGGCGGCAGCGAGACCCCACCACCCCGCGGGAGUGGUGCGGGGCAUCCCCCGCGGAGGGGGCGAGGGCGGGCCGGUCCUGGCCACGCCCGGGCGGCGCGUUGACGUCAAGGCGGAGGGCGCCGGAAGCAGGCCGGUGGGCGCCGUUGCCGGGCAACGCGUGGCGCGGGCCUUGGAGGACGGUGGGUUGCAGGUUGCUGCUGGCAGCCAGGUUCGCAGGCUCAACGCUCAGCGAAGGUGGGUGAGGGCCUGAGCCCGGCCUCGGAUCCCGUGCCCGGCGGAGACCCCGGCACGCGCCGCCCUCGCGCCCUCCGGCAGAGCCGCGCUCGCUUCCUGCGGGCUCGCUCGGGCGCGCACCCCUCCCGCGAUCAGCGGGGCCUCCCAGACCCGCGCGGGUCCGCCACUCGCCACACUUGUCCGGCCCCAGGACGCGAUCCUGCACCGACCCGUCCCCCGCACGUGCAGGCGCCGGGCAGUGGCGCGGCGCGCGUCCCCGGCGCGCUGGAGCUGUGGGCUCCGCGGCCACACGUGGACUCCCCGUAGGAAGCGAGACGCCCCAGCCGGUCCAGCGCGGCGGAGGGGCGGACAGCUCGGCUCAGCGGCUGCAUGUCCUCUGAGCUGCCUCCCAUCGGUCUGCUGGCCUGGCUGGACGAAGAUGCAAGGCCAGGAGGAGCUGACGAGAGAGUCCGUGCAUGAUGCGGGGGAACCAGGCGAGGUUUCCCUCCAUCAGGUAGCUGGGGGACAGAGUGGUGACAGUUUGGAACGUGUAGGGACCUGCUGCAACAAUCGUCUGCUGGAUGGGAAAGCCAGCAGCUGCGGGGGAGAGGGCCUCCCUUCCGGUACCGCCGGGGGUGCAGACCCAGGAGAGCUGAGUGGCGCCUGGGGGGAGUUCGAAGGCUUUCAGGAAUCUUCAGUCAAGUUUGAGCAGUUUUCACAGAGGCAGAAACUGCUGCAGAGACCUGCAGAACCUCAGCGGUGGAGAGCCCCUCCUGCCCCAAGGGAGCAUGGUUCCCAACAGCCACACCAGGCUGCACUCUGGGUGACAGGAACUGCCGUUGACCCGUCUCCAGAGCCUGUUGUCAGCUAUAAGAACAUUUUCAGGUUUGCUUUUCAAGAGGUUACAGUCGAGCAGACCACUGAAGACGUUUCCACCUUAGACCAUUUCUUAGAAGCAAACAAGGAAGAAAACCCUGGCCUCUCAUCUGUGCACAGACUGUGUUCUGAAUCAAGGAAGCUCUGGAGAAACCUUCAGAACACCGACGCCAUGUCCAUGUCACAGUGCCUCUGGAGCGAGUCUCGCUGCCAGGAAAACCUCUUUCUCGUUCUCGGCGUGGAUGCUGCUCAGAAGAUCCCUUCCGGAAGCCAGGGUCACAUUCUGCAGGGUCUCAGCCUCAAAGAGCCUGAAGAACUGCUGGCAGUCAGCAGCUUCCGUCUGCACCACUGCAAAGCCCUGAUCCAGACUAAGCCCUCAGGGACACCAGCCAGCAGACAGGGGAGCCUGAUUACCUACAGCCUCUUCCUGAAGACACCCCUCCAUGGAAACGGGCGGUACAUCACCAUCCCACAGAAAAAGAAGAUCUUUGCUCCAUGGAACCUAAAAAUGGCAUUCUUCAGUAAUAAUGUUUGCUAAAAACAGGAGUACUUUGUACCUUUCUGAGGCGUUUCCCAUUUUCUUACUGAUCCCCUUUGGGACCAGAAACUGGGAACUCCUUUGUGUCCCAAGAUCUGUAACACCGUCCAGAGCCCCUGACCAGCGUCAGGUCCUGUCAGGAUGCACAGAGGAAGCGUCCUGUGGCAGGGCUAGCCCGCAGGUGGAGGGGCGGAGUGCUAGAGUGCAGGAGCUGAGUGUCUGGUGGUGACCCCAGACAGCUCUCUUGGAUCUGAGUUCAGAAGAAAGGGGAAGACACUGAAUGUCACUGUGGAGACAGCGGCUGACCACACUCAGGAACCCCUGGGGCACUGUUGCUGGAAGCGCCUACACCUGUACCCCAGCCCUGCCCAGCUGCCUGGGAAACAGACCUUUCCCCUGGAAGAGGAGUAGGUGGGAGGCCUCAGUCAGAGGCUUCUCUAGUCAUCUGCUGAGGCAGCUCUUUCCCUCUGAGGGCAGAGCCAAGCAUCCAGCACUUACUUUUUGUAAACUUUUAUUAAAUAAAAAGGCCUGGGUAAGCCUG